CAAGUCAAGUGAUAUUACAUAUUGAAGUCUUGUAUGUCCAGGGCCCCACACAGAAAUUUGUGGCUUAUAGAAAGCAAGGAAAAUCAAUGAAUCAGCUCUUUCCUGGAAGUUGCUUACAAAAUUUCAAAGCCAAUAAUUAAACCAAUACUAAUGAGUUGUUGUCAGGCAAAGUUGGCAAGGAAAGGAGGAAGAAGAAGAAGAAGAAGAUAUGGCAGAGGCUGUUGUUUCCUUUGUGAUUGAAAGACUUGGAGAGCUGGUGCUUUCUGAAGCUGAAUUCUUGGGUGGAAUCAAACACCAAGUUGAGAAGGCACAGAUCAAGCUGCAAUGCAUGAGUGCUUUUCUGAAAGAUGCUGAUGCUUGUGUAAGACAUGGUGAUGAGAGAGUACGCCUUUUGGUUGUCAAAGUUAGAGAUACCUCUUAUGACUUGGAAGAUGUUAUUGAAACUUAUGUCUUCAAAUUGGCUUCUUCUUAUGAGAGUGUUGGAGCUAUCAGCCGUGCACUGAUCAAGCCUGUUCGUUUCAUUAAAACCCAUCAAGUUGGAUCAAAGAUAGAGAAGAUCUCAUCUAGCAUUGAUACUUGGAUGUCAGGGUUACAAAAAUUUGGAGUAAUGAAAUCAAUGGACAAGGCAGCUGAGACUUGUUCAAGCCACGUCCAAGUGCAAAGAGAGCUGAGGCGAGCUUAUUCUCAUUUUGUGGAGAAUGAUGUUGUUGGAUUCGACAAAAACAUCGAAGAAUUGGUAGACUGUCUGACAGAGAAAGAGAAUCCUCAUAGGCAUAGGGUGAUCUCUAUAUAUGGGAUGGGAGGUUUGGGGAAGACUACUCUUGCAAGAAAGGUUUAUCAACAUCCUCAAGUGAGGAAUCACUUUGAUUGUUUUGCUUGGGCCUCAAUAUCUCAACAAUGUAUAGUACGAGAGGUAUGGGAAGGAAUUUUAAUUAGUUUGACUUCUCCCACCAAGGCGAAAAAAGAAGAAAUCAAAAGCAUGAGUGGUAGUGAAAUAGCUAAGGAGCUUUACAACAUUCAGAAACAGAGGAAAUGUUUGGUGCUCCUCGAUGACAUUUGGACCACUUCAACCUGGGAUCGUCUAGAAGCUGCAUUCCCUCAAAAGCCACAACUAAUUCCAUGAUCAAAGCCACGAUCUUAUGAUUCACACAUUAGUGAGCAUGGACUAAGGUCUAGUAUUCUUAUCAGUUUCUUUUUGGAAUAGUAAUAUGCAACAAUUUUUUAAGUCAAGAUUUCAACAAAGUUAUGCAUUGAAGUAAUCAUGACAGGAAACUAUACAACAAAGUAUAGCAUUGUUAUUAGGUGAGAAUUUCAAAGAGACAUUUUGUAUUCUUCUUAUUGUUUAAUAUUGAUUAGAAUAAACAAAGGGAACUUCUCCUUCCUAGAGGUUGCCUUGGUUUUUUUAAGACAAAAAAUGACAACUUUGCAUAACAAUAUUCAAACCACAUAUGCAUGCACUUAAUAAGGAAAUCAAGAGAAAAAUAAUUAUAUUAUUCAUUUACUGAAGAAAGAAGAAGAAAUGGCAGACUCUGCUGUUUUCUUUGUGAUUAAAAGGCUUGGAGAUUUGAGAUAUUUGGAGAUAUUAAAGUUAGAGAAUCCAUUGGUCAUAAAUAGGUUACCAAUUUCAAUGUUGGAGAUGGCUAAGUCAGAGAAACCAUUGGUCAUGAAUAUGAAAGUACCAAAUGUAAUGUGGAAGUUGGAACAGUUGAGACAUUUAUGUUUGCCCAAUCCUCAUGUUGUAAGCUUUAGUAAAUGGUUGAGGUCAACUAAUCUUAGAAAUUUACAAACAUGUGGAAAAGAAUUUGGGGAGAAUUUACUCUACUGACUACAUGAGAAUAAAUGUUGUUCCUAUUAUAUUAAGCUAACCUCAAAUUUGUAAGCUUAAACUGGAGUUGCCUAUAGUAAACUUACCAGAAGUCAUUCAAUUCUCCCCAAACCUUAUCAAGUUAGAGUUGGGCAAUAGUUGUCUUAACGAUGAUCCAAUGCCAACCCUUGAAAAGCUAUCAAGGUUAAGAGUCCUUUCCAUUUGUAAUAACAGCUUUAAGGGGAAUGAGAUGGUGUGUUCAACAGGAGGUUUCCCCCAACUGGAAUCUCUUAAGAUUGAAUCUCUUGAAGACUUAGAAGAGUGGAAGGUGGAGGAAGGGGCCUUGUCUAGUCUUCGCCAUUUGCAAAAUAGUUAUUGUUGGAAAUUGAGGAGUGUUCCAGAUGGAUUAAGAUGCAUUACUACGCUUAAGAAAAAAAUGAUUCGAAGAAUGAGUAGAAAUUUCUUAAAAAGAUUAGAGGAAGGAGGAGAGGAUUUCUACAAAGUUGAGCAUGUGCCAUCCUUUGAGUUUCUCAACUGUUAUAUGAAAUAUUUCUCAGGAGAAACAAAGGAACUUAUUAUGGGCCAGGCAUAGAAGAGAAGCUGGAAAAGGCAGCUUUCCCAGGCAUUAGGACAGGAGUCUCUGCAGUUGCUGCCAAUUCUCUAGUUUCUGUCAACUCCUUAAUGACAUAGGAAUCUGAAUAUGAAUACUUUUUCUUUAUUAUUAUUAUUAUAUUUUCGACUGUGAAAUCUGCAUUUGUAAACUAUAGCAUGGUACGUAUGAUCUAAUAUAGGCAUAACUGCCUGCUUAUGGCAUUAUAUCUUUUUA